AUGGUAGUCAAGUCACAACAAGCAGGGGAUCAUAUCCAACACUUGUCUGAUACAUUUCAAAUUCUUCAUAAAUUUAACAUGAAAUUAAACCCUGAGAAAUGUGCAUUUGGAGUUUCGUCAGGUAAGUUCUUAGGAUUUUUUGUUUCUAACCGUGGCAUUGAAGUAGAUCUCUUGCAGAUUAAAGCUAUUGAGGAAAUUCCGGAUACACUGAUAAGUAAAAAAGAAGUACAGAGACUGACAGGAAGAAUAUCAGCUUUGGGAAGGUUUAUUUCAAAAUCAUCAGAAAAAUGCUUCAGGUUCUUUUCAGCCCUAAAAAAGCAGGAUCAAUUUGAAUGGUCUGAAGAAUGUCAACAGGCGCUUAAAAAUUUGAAAGUAUAUUUGUCAAAUCCAUCGUUGCUUGCAAAACCAAAAGAUGGGGAGAAACUACUCAUCUACCUUGCUGUUUCAGAAGAAGCGGUUUUAGCAGAUUUUGUGGUAGAUUUUAGUCAAGGGAUACAACUAGAAGCAGAAAAAGAACUGCAGGUAUUAAACGAGUCUAAUCCAGGAACUUGGACCUUAUUUACUAAUGGUUCAUCGAAUGUGAAAGGGGCAGGUUUAGGUUUAGAACUGGCACGAGAUCUUGGUAUAGAACAGUUCAUAAUCAAAAGCGAUUCACAGCUCGUAGUUAACCAAAUGCUGGGGACUUACACAACCAGAGAGGCAAGGAUAGAGGAAAAUGCAGAGGCUGAUGCCCUAGCUAAUCUUGCAUCUGCUGCAGAAGCAACGAAUGAUGAAGAUGCUUCUGUGAUUCAUUUAUUUCAUUCCGUACUUGAUCAAGACAAAAAUAAGUAUGGAAUUUUACCUGAUGAUAAGAAAAAGGCCCAAGCACUUUGCAAAAAAGCUGCUCGAUACUGUUUAAAGCAAAGCAAUCUUAAUCGUAAAAUGUUCGGUGGUCCUCUAGCAAGAUGCCUCGGGCCUUCUCAAACAGAGUAUGUAAUGAGAGAAAUACAUGAGGGACAUUGUGGAAAUCACGCGGGAGGAAGAUCUUUAGUAAAAACCAUGAUUAGAGCUGGCUAUUACUGGCCAAAAAUGGAAGCAGACGCGGAAAAUUUUGUGGCUAAAUAUGACAAGUGCCAAAGAUACGGUAACAACAUGCAUCGACCUGCUAAAUUAUUACAUCCGAAAAGAUUGAAAGAAUCUAAAGGCAAUUGGCCAGAGGUGUUACCUGGGGUCUUGUGGGCUUAUCGAACAACCACAAAAACAAGUAUGGAGAAAACACCAUUCUCACUUGUAUACGGAGCUGAAGCCUUGAUUCCAGUUGAUAUAGGGGAACCAAGUACGAGAUAUACACAAGCUACUGAGGAAUCAAUGAAGAAGAGAUGCGAGUAA